GUAUUUAGCACUCACUCGGUAACGGCGUAUCGACGGAGAAAUGAGGCUAUUGAUCCCUUGGUGGCUUCCGCUGAAUAUGAAUUGGAGAAACGCCUUGAAGAUCUAGAUCUCAUUGAAGUCGAACUCAAUAAAGGUACCAAUGGACUUGGUAUCAGUAUACUAGGGAUGGGAAUGACUUUUGUCAACGGAAUCGAGAAAUUGGGCAUCUUCGUGAAGGCAAUCACUCCAGGCGGUGCUGCAGAUGUCGAUGGAAGGUAA